UCUCUCUCUUCUCUCUCUCUCUCACAGAUCAUAAACAAUUCUCUUAUGAUGGCUUCCAUGGCCAUAGGAAGCUGCAUUAUUUCUCCCUUCAACUUCAAAACCAAACAUCCACUUCUUCCUAUCCAACAACCUUCUUCAAAACCUACCCUUUCCAACUUCACCAUCAGAAGCAUAGCCAGUCCAGUCCGCCCCCCCUCACCGGUCGUCGUUCCAUUGCCGGAGAUCGACACCUUCGACGCCCCGAAUCACGUUGCAUGGACCAGCAUUCGGCAAGACCGUUGGGAAGGAGAACUCUCCGUCCAAGGACAUUUACCCAGUUGGCUGAGUGGGACAUAUUUGAGAAAUGGACCUGGAUUAUGGAAUAUUGGUGAUUAUGACUUUAGGCAUCUUUUUGAUGGCUAUGCGAUGAUUGUUAAGCUUCACUUUGAUAACGGUCGACUAAUUGCCGGUCACCGUCAGAUUGAAUCGAACGCCUAUAAAGCUGCCAUGAAGAAUCAAAAGAUUUGUUAUCGUGAAUUUUCUGAAGUCCCCAAAGCUGAUAAUUUUCUUGCUUAUGUUGGGGAGCUUGCAAACCUUUUCUCUGGUGCAUCACUGACUGAUAACGCAAACACUGGAGUUGUGAAGCUUGGCGACGGUCGCGUUGUUUGUCUUACAGAAACUCAAAAGGGGUCUAUAAUGAUCGAUCCAGACACAUUAGAGACUGUGGGAAAGUUUGAGUACAGUGAUUCACUUGGUGGUUUGAUUCACUCGGCUCAUCCAAUUGUUACAGACUCGGAGUUUUUAACGUUGUUGCCAGAUCUUUUGAACCCAGGUUACUUGGUGGUUCGGAUGGAACCAAGCUCGAACGAGCGGAAGGUGAUCGGUCGAGUCAAUUGCAAGGGUGGGCCAGCCCCGGGUUGGGUCCACUCGUUUCCAGUGACGGAGAAUUACGUGGUGGUGCCGGAGAUGCCGUUGAGAUAUUGUGCUCAAAACCUGCUGAAGGCGGAGCCUACACCGUUGUACAAGUUUGAGUGGCGGCCGGAGUCCAAAGCCUUUAUGCAUGUCAUGUGCAAAGCUAGUGGAAACAUUGUGGCAAGUGUAGAAGUGCCAUUAUUCAUUACAUUUCAUUUCAUAAAUGCAUAUGAAGAGAGGGAUGAAAAGGGAAGGAUUACUGCUGUGAUUGCUGAUUGUUGCGAACAUAACGCCAAUCCUGUAAUCUUAGACCGACUUAGGCUUCAUAAUUUGCGUGAUUCUCUCAAAUAUCCCCUUCCAGAUGCCAGAGUUGGAAGGUUCAGAAUACCACUGGAUGGGAGUGGAUAUGGGGAGUUGGAGGCAGCAUUGGACCCUGAUGAACAUGGCAGAGGAAUGGAUAUGUGCAGCUUCAAUCCUGCUUACUUAGGCAAAAAAUAUAGAUAUGCCUAUGCUUGUGGAGCCGAAAGACCCUGUAAUUUCCCGAACACACUUACCAAGAUCGAUUUGGUGAAGAAGAUGGCCAAGAAUUGGUAUGAGGAGGGCACUGUCCCUUCCGAGCCUUUCUUUGUGGCUCGACCGGGUGCAACCGAAGAAGAUGAUGGAGUGGUGAUCUCUAUGGUCAGUGGGAAAAAUGGAGAAGGGUAUGCUUUACUACUAGAUGGAUCAACAUUUGAAGAGAUAGCCAGAGCAAAGUUUCCUUAUGGUCUUCCUUAUGGCCUACACGGUUGCUGGGUUCCCAAGAAUUAGGAUCACUUCAAUACUAAAGCAUACCUUAUUAAAUUAAUUGGGAUCAGAAAACACAUAAUGUAUACAUUAUUACAGUUAAGGGUAAGAAAUACGUACAUGUGGCGACGCGACUAAUGGUGCAGCCACGUAGAUUGUUUGUACCUGUACAAAAUGUAGGCCUCUUCUUCCUCAUGUAUUCAUCAGUUUCUCUUCAGUUUAGACCUGUGAAAUUAAUAUAUGCAACUUUGCUUUGUACAA